UUAGCGUUGCUCAAUAGUUUCGUCCAUUUUGUUUAGCUGUUGAGCUAGCCCGGCUAGCGUUACCGUAGAUACAGCGCAGCAGAGAUGGAUGACGGUGACGAGCCGGGUAUAGUCCUCUCUCACAACACUUCUUCAGGCUCUAAGUCCGGCGGGGACAAGAUGUUUUCCUUAAAGAAGUGGAACGCCGUAGCUAUGUGGAGCUGGGACGUGGAGUGUGACACCUGUGCCAUUUGUCGGGUACAAGUGAUGGACGCUUGUCUCCGGUGCCAGGCGGAAAACAAACAGGAGGACUGUGUUGUCGUGUGGGGAGAGUGCAACCACUCCUUCCAUAACUGCUGCAUGUCCCUCUGGGUGAAGCAGAACAAUCGCUGCCCCCUCUGCCAGCAGGACUGGGUGGUUCAGAGAAUCGGCAAAUAAGCUCCAAUUCCAGGCGGUCUGAUCCUCAGACAACACCUGUAUGCACCCAAAAGUGGUGACAGACUUGACAGUGAUCACUGCAGCAUCCUGUGCAGAGCCACUAGACAUCAGCAGCUGCCCUCCUACUUAUGAUUGCAUGUUCCAGUAGUCCUGGUCGAAGGAGGACUGUGUAUAAAUUUGAAGCAUCGAGGACGCGUUGGUCACCAAGGGGUCGAUGUGUGUGGACAUAUUAAGAGUCAUUAAGAGAAGCAUGAACCUCGUUGCAGUGUUUGGUCACAUGUUAGGAUUACUUUAUUGUCUGUGGCGGUGUUCAGCACACCUUGAAUAUGUGACUGUCUUUUUAAAAAUAAACAAUUGUGUAUAGCUGUAA